CAUUCAGAGUUGGCCAAAAAAGUUGACAAGGUUGAUGUUUUUCUCCUAUGAAAUAAAAUGGCACGUUCUGUUCACACAGAAAUUUGUCUUCUCGUUUAACUUUUUAGUUGCUCAUCAUGAGAAACAGGAGUAACUCUGGGGUACGGCUAGAUUACUACCAACGAUUGGUGACUAAAACUAUAUUGAAGCAACAGAAUCCAGUAACUGGACUGUUCGGAACAGCAGAACAUAGCAGUCAUGCCUGGGUUCGAGACAAUGUGUACACCAUUUUGGCAGUCUGGGGUGUUGCUUUGGCAUACAGGAAAAAUGCUGACUUGGAUGAAGAUCUGGCCAAAGCUUAUGAGUUGGAACAGUCCGUAGUGAAGUUGAUGCGAGGCCUACUGAGAUGUAUGAUGCUCCAAGUGGACAAGUUGGAGAAGUUCAAGAAAACCCAGAGUCCCCGAGACUGUCUGCAUGCCAAAUACUCAAGUCUGACAGGGAAAACCGUGGUCGGCGACAAGGAGUGGGGUCACCUCCAGAUUGAUGCCACAUCACUGUUUAUUUUAUACCUAGCUCAGAUGACAGCGGCAGGUCUACAAAUCAUUUUUACUCUGGAUGAGGUUGCUUUUGUCCAGAAUUUGGUGUUCUACAUUGAGACUGCAUACAGGACUCCAGACUACGGAAUAUGGGAGAGAGGAGACAAAACAAACCAUGGUCUUCCAGAACUCAACUCCAGCUCUAUUGGAAUGGCAAAGGCAGCAUUAGAAGCGAUAAAUGAGGUUGACCUAUUUGGAGCGCGGGGAGGCCAAUCUUCAGUCAUCCAUGCCCUACCAGACGAGGCUCAGCAGUGUCAGGCCAUUCUUCACUCUAUGCUGCCUAGGGAAUCCAAUUCCAAGGAGAUAGAUGCUGCCCUCAUUACUGUGAUCAGUUUUCCAGCAUUUGCUGUCGACGACAUUGAAAUCAUCAACAGAACUAGGAAGGAAAUUGAGGAAAAGCUCAUGGGCAAACACGGAUGUAUAAGGUUCCUAAGAGACGGGUAUAAAACUGCGCGAGAGGACCCCAACAGACUUCACUACGAGCCAUGGGAGCUGCUCAUGUUUGAGAAGAUAGAGAACCAGUGGCCCGUGUUCUACGCCUACUUCAUACUUGACGGCCUAUAUAGAGGGGAUACUGAUAGUGUUGAGAAAUACAAGGAGCUCCUGGAACCAUUGAUCAUUAAGUCCGAGGACGGGAUACCUUCCAUACCAGAAAUGUACUCUGUGCCGAAGGAUAAGGUGGAGCAGGAGAUUCGUCACCCACACUCCCAGGUGCGACAGUUGACUGGGAAGAAGCUACAUAUGUGGGGCCAGUCACUGUACAUCCUCGGUAGACUAGUUGAUGAGAAAUUUAUCUCUCCCGGAGAACUGGAUCCUCUGAACAGACGACUGAUCACAGAACCCAGACCAGAUGUCGUGGUGCAGGUUGUAAUAGUUGCGGAGGAUGUGACAAUGCAAAACCUCCUAGCAUCACAGGGAAUAUAUGUACAGACAAUGAGUGAGGUGUCCCCUAUACAGGUCUACCCAGCAAGGGUACUCAGUCAGAUAUACUCCCUCCUAGGCAAGAACAAGCGUAUGGGUUUGACAGGUAGGCCAUCAAGUGAGAUUGGUCUCCUUGCAACCAGCAAACUGUACAUUCUGCAGGAUGAGAUCCUGGCUUUCAUACCUCAGUUUUUGGACUCUCAACAAUUUUACACUUCCCUUGACGCCAAUUAUAUGGUCGAUAUUCUACGGUCUGAAGUUUCCUUCAUAAAAAAAUGUUGGAAAGGCAUGGGUCGACCACUUUUAGCUAUAAGCCUAAAUUCCACUCUACUUGACCAGUAUAUGCAGCCUCCAAGUUCGCUGAUCGGAACGAUUCGUAAGCUACAGAGUGGCUACAUUGCUGGCACUAGAGUCCAUCUGGGACAAUUGAGUGAUUUUGUGUCGACGUCGUGCGUCACGAAAUUGAGCUUCGUGCAGAAUGCGGAAGAAUCAGGCACAGACACACAGAUUCUAGACAUCAUAGGCGAUGUAUUGAAGAGGUCUAGCCCACGACCCCGUCUGCUUAGUAUGGGUCGUAAAGCCUCGAAGUCGUACAAAUCUAGCUCUGUGAGGGGCAUAGUGCGAAGAUCAAGGUCAAUCACUGUGGACGCCCAGGAUGUCCCAGCAAUACAUGCUCAGUUACGGCAGCGCAGAGCUUUGAUGACACCUACAUCACCUGAACAGUCAGCAUUGGGUUUAGCUAUAAAGAAACUUGAAGCUGGAGCACAGAGAAUUAGGAGAAAAGGUGUGACUAGCAUUAUCCAGGAGGGGUCUUUGCCAAGAAUUCCCACUAACGAAGAGCUUUCCCACCCUCACCUGAAGGGGACCCACUCCCCGUUCCAGUCCCCAUAUGGCACGCCCCACACCAGCCCCCCAUCGUCUCCAAAGGCGUCCCAUCGAGUGUGGCCCCACAUGGACAAGUUUAGUAAAGAUGCCACUUACCAGAAUGUCAACGUGCACGAGAUUGUACAGCAGUUGUCGCUCUCUGAGAAUCUCAACGAGCAAGCGGACAUAAUACAUUACCUUUACGUGAAAAUGGGCCCAGACUGGGAUACAGAGGUUGAUAGCAAGUCAUGCACAGUCAAGGAGCUACUGGUGGAACUCUAUGAAAAGGCUGGCCACUGGAAGCAAUGGUGGCUGGUGAGACACUCCGCAGGUAUGCUGAGGAAACGUGUGGAGGAUCUCGCUCUGGCUGCUACAGACCUACUAGUGCGACAGAAACAGUUGUCCGUGGGGCUGCCUCCGGACAGGGAGAAGAUUAUCACAUGUCCCCUGCCCCCAGAUGAGCUGGCGGCCAUCAUCUAUGAGGCUUGUGGGGAGGACCUCAGUACAGCAUCACUUACACAAGAGUUGCUGAUCUACCUUGCCAUGUUUAUUAGAACUGAGCCGAAACUCUUUCAUGAAAUGUUGAGACUUCGUGUAGGGCUUAUCAUACAAGUCAUGGCAACUGAGUUGGCCAGGAUCUUCAAGUGCUCAGGAGAAGAAGCCUCUGAUCACCUGUUAAACCUCUCGCCGUAUGAGUUGAAGAUGAUGUUACACCACAUUCUCAGUGGCAAGGAGUUCAUGAUUACCACAGUUAUGACCGAGUAUGAUGAUGAAUACAAGUUUUCUGUUGUCGCAAAGCAGUCGAAACAAGAUACUUCUGCUUUUGCCAAAAGGCUCAGCAGAAAAGAAACUGUGAAUCAACAGAAACUUCCUGCUAUAUCGGUCCAGCCCAAUGCCGAUGACAUGGAUGAUGAGAUGGAGGACCGACAGGGUCAGUGGCUCAGACGGCGCCGUCUAGACGGAGCACUCAACCGUGUCCCUGUUGGCUUCUACACGCAAGUCUGGCAAGUGCUUCAAAAGUGCCAUGGCCUGAGUAUCUGUAACAACUUCUUGGCCCACAGCCUUACACGGGAGAUGACAUCAGGAGAGUUCAAAUUCGCCCUGCAGGUAGAACGCGUCCUCAAUAUGAUCCCUCAGCCCGAGUAUCGCCAGCUCAUGGUCGAGGCAUUGAUGGUUACCACGCUACUUGUGGACGGAGAUUGUAAGAUUAACCUUAGCGGGCAGGUCAUACACGUGGAUAAGAUUGUUCAUAUGGCAAAUGACAUCUUCAUAGAGGAACAGAAAAUACCCUAUGUAGUAGCCGAGAACUCCUUGGGUGCGGCUGGUAUCUGCCUACAUCUGUACGACACUGCUCCCAGUGGACGCUACGGCACAAUGUCAUACUUGGCUCGGGGGCUCGCUACGGUGCUAAAUCUGAGCGACCACCAGAAUCUGGAGUGUGCAAUUAGCUGAGAUUGUUUGACACAAAUGGCCUGUAUUGAUUCUCCAAUGUACAUGUAUGGAGAGUUCUUGAAGUUUUUCAGGAUAUCUUGAUUUUUGAUAUUGAAGAGCAAAUGUACCAUUCUAAGGGUCUUUUGUGGAAGAGACAAAAAAAUGUCAUGUAUAUGGAUAAUUGUCACAAUUUUUUUGGAAGGUAACAAAUUCUGAUAUUUUUUAUAAAGAGCACACAAUUCUUAAUGCUGUUUUUUAUUUUGAUUUAUGAGUAUUGAGAAAGAUUGUAAAAAUACUGGAUUAUGUCAUGAUAUGUUGAACCUCUGCACAAUUUUAUGUGUGCUUUCUUGAUGAGAAGAGAAGAAUUAUUUCUAGUGUAUUUAGAGAGAUGGAAAGAUUUCACACACUAUUAAAUUAUUUUCUGGCUUUUUUGACAAUUUUUUGUUUUAAACAAAUGACAUACAUGGAAGACUGACAGUUGUGUGCUUUUUACUGUGGCUGGUUAUGCAUUUGGGCAGGGCUAGUAAGCAUGACAAUAAACUUACAUGUUGAUAUUACAAGUAAUAUAAGUUCAAAUCAUAUCUAUAAUCAGAAUUUGUGAGACGAAAAACAAGCUCAACUUGCAUGUUAAAGUAUUUUUAAUUGUUUUUCUCUGUUCAUAUUCAAUCAAUAUUUCUCUUUUCAUAAUUAUGUAAAUAAUAUAUAUUGUAUUAUAUUGGUAAAACAAGAGAUUAAGGGACAUACCUCUUGCAAUGUUUCAGAAAUCGCAACAAUUAUAUGAACACCACAUUAAUCUAAACGGAAGUGAUUUGAAUAUGGGUGAAAAAUAUGAUAUAAAUGUAAAAUAGAAAGUGACCAUGCAUUUCUGAACAUCAAAUUGAUAAAAAUAUCGCUUUAAGAUGCAAUGGCCUGUGAACAAAUACACAUUAAGAGGAUGCAACACAAGACUGAUGUUAGGUCAUAUUAAAAAUUAUAAUGGCAGGCGUAGCUUCCAUCUUGGUUUGAGCCUUCACCUUUAAUGUUCUGUACAUGUACAUUAAUUUGCAUGUUCUUUGCUGCAAUGUAUAGAUUUUUUGUAAUCCUAUAUAUAUAAUAUGCCAAUGUAAGCUUAUACAAAAAACAUAUUGUAUUGAACAUAUGUGUAGUCAAAUUAAAAUGUUAAAGUGUUGAAAUAUUAUUGCUCAUUGAAGUUGAUGCCCUUCAUUGCCUUAAUUUUGGGGACUAUUUUUUUCAUUUUGAGUGUCUUCAUACUCUGUAGGAAAAUGUUCAUUUCUUAGAAAUAAAGCACAAGGAAAAUUGUUUUUUUAGAAUCUCAAAUGGAUUUUAAAAUAUUUGAUGAAUUUUUAUCACAUCUGUUUUUCAUCAGUUGUGGUAUUGUCAUAGACUAAGUGUUACUGUUGGAGUUGUAGCGCUAAAUUUUUAACUUUGGUCUUACAUUUGAAAUUAUUAAAGAUAUUCAAUUGAAUAUUGCCAUUGAGUCAAUAAAUACAUGUGUAGCAAGCGUCAUAACUCUGGCUGAAAUUAAUGCUGAGUUUUGUCCCUUGAUUAACUUAAAUUUAAACAGACUUCUGUGAGUGUUCAUUCUGCAGUGCACUUGUUUUUAAAAUAAACAUAGAUGUGCUUAUUACUAUGUCAUUGUUUUCCCCAGUUCUGUCAAAUAAAAACUAUUUGAUUUGGCAGAGGUGAGAAUCUUUAUAUAUGUAUUUGGUCUGAUGUUUGCUGCAUGAUUAUGUAGUUCUGUGAUAAUGAUUUUUUACCAAAAAUAUUAUUUUACUGUCUUUUUAAUACAAGAUUUUCUUAGUACUUUCAUUAUGUGAAGUAGCAAUUGAUUUUGUUUUCGCACGCAUGCUUCCCACCAUCUGUUGUAUAUAAUCAUUAAAAAGUUAUGAAUAUUGAAUGUUUUGUUUUUGUGCCCAAUAAAUCAAAUAAAUCAACGAAAUUUAAAAUGUUACCGUUUUUUUA